CUGGUGCUGGGCGAACAUGGCGGCAGCGGUCGGGCGGGACACCCUACCUGAGCACUGGUCGUACGGCGUAUGUCGGGACGGCCGCGUCUUCUUUAUCAAUGACCAGCUCCGCUGCACGACUUGGCUGCACCCGCGUACCGGCGAGCCCGUCAACUCGGGUCACAUGAUCCGCUCAGACUUGCCGCGCGGCUGGGAGGAGGGCUUCACGGAGGAGGGCGCGAGCUUCUUCAUCGACCACAACCAGCAGACCACAACCUUCAGACAUCCUGUGACUGGGCACUUUUCUCCAGAAAACAGUGAAUUCAUUCUUCAGGAGGAGGAACCACACCCACACAUGUCGAAGCAAGAGAGAAACCAAAGACCGUCCAGCAUGGUCAGUGAGACAUCCACGGCUGGGACCACGUCCACCCUGGAGGCCAAGCCUGGACCCAAGAUCAUCAAGUCCAGCAGUAAAGUGCACAGCUUUGGGAAGAGAGACCAGGCCAUUCGGAGGAACCUCAAUGUCCCGGUGGUGGUGAGGGGCUGGCUGCACAAGCAGGACAGCUCCGGGAUGAGGCUGUGGAAAAGACGGUGGUUUGUGCUCGCUGAUUACUGUUUGUUUUAUUAUAAAGACAGCCGAGAAGAAGCAGUUCUCGGGAGCAUCCCUCUACCCAGCUACGUCAUCUCCCCUGUGGCCCCGGAGGAUCGCAUAAGCCGCAAGUAUUCCUUUAAGGCUGUGCACACAGGAAUGAGGGCGCUCAUCUACAGCACCACCACAGCGGGCUCCCAGGCUGAGCACUCGGGCAUGAGAACGUACUACUUCAGUGCUGACACCCUGGAGGACAUGAACGCCUGGGUCAGGGCCAUGAACCAGGCUGCACAGGUGCUGUCUCGGUCGUCACUGAAGAGGGACAUGGACAAGGUGGAGCGGCAGGCCAUGCCACAGGCCAACCACACCGACACCUGUCAAGAUUGUGGCCAUGUGGGACCUGGGCACUCGAGAGAUUGUCCUCAUCGAGGCUAUGAAGACUCCUAUGGCUUCGACAGGAGGGAGCCGGAGGAGGAGCGCUUCCGUUCUCAAAGAGACCCACUGGAGGGCAGGCGGGACAGGAGCAAGGCCAGGUCCCCGUACUUGCCAGCUGAGGAGGAUGCCUUAUUUGUGGAUCUACCCGGUGGUCCCCGAGGCCAGCAAGCACAGCCACAGCGGGCUGAGAAGAAUGGCAUGCCACCUGUCUCUUAUGGCCCAGGAGAACAAAAUGGGACCAGUGGGUACCAGCGUGCUGCUCCUCCCAGGGCCAACCCAGAGAAACACAGCCAGAGGAAGAUGGCCCAGGCAGAAUACUGGACAAAGGCUCAGAAGGGGGAUGGAAGGAGCUUGCCCUUAGACCAGACGACACUUCCUCGCCAGGGUCCCAGUCAGCCCCUAUCCUUCCCGGAAAACUACCAGACUCUUCCCAAGAACACCAGACAUCCUUCUGGGAGCUCUUCACCCCCUCCCCGGAACCUGCCCAGUGACUACAAGUAUGCACAGGACCGAGCCAGCCACCUGAAGAUGUCCAGUGAGGAGCGCCGGGCACACAGGGAUGGUACCGUGUGGCAGCUGUACGAGUGGCAGCAGAGGCAGCAGUUCCGGCAUGGCAGCCCCACGGCACCCAUAGGAGCUGGCUCCCCAGAGUUCACUGAGCAGGGCCGCAGCCGGAGCCUGCUGGAGGUGCCCCGCUCCAUCUCCGUGCCUCCAUCUCCUUCUGACAUCCCUCCUCUAGGGCCUCCCAGGCCCCUCCCACCCCGGCGGCCACAUACACCAGCAGAAAGGGUCACAGUGAAGCCACCUGACCAGAGGAGGAGUGUGGACAUCUCUCUGGGAGGUUCUCCCAGGAAGGCACGGGGUCAUGCUAUCAAGAACUCCUCUCAUGUGGACCGACGUUCCAUGCCGUCCAUGGGCUACAUGACUCACACUGUCAGCGCUCCCAGCUUACACGGAAAAUCCGCUGAUGACACCUACCUCCAGCUGAAGAAGGACCUGGAGUACCUGGAUCUAAAGAUGACAGGCCGAGAUCUUCUUAAGGAUCGAAGUCUGAAGCCGAUGAAGAUCGCUGAGAGUGACAUUGAUGUCAAGCUAAGUGUGUUCUGUGAACAAGACAGGAUCCUCCAGGACUUGGAAGACAAGAUCCGAGCUCUCAAGGAGAAUAAAGACCAGCUAGAAUCCGUGCUGGAGGUGCUGCACAGGCAGACAGAGCAAUACCGAGACCAGCCACAGCACCUGGACAAGAUCACCUGCCAGCAGAGGCUCCUGCAGGAGGACCUGGUCCACAUCCGGGCAGAGCUCUGCAGAGAGUCCACGGAGAUGGAAAAUGCCUGGAAUGAGUACCUGAAGUUGGAGAGGGACGUGGAACAGCUGAAGCAGACCCUGCAGGAGCAACACAGAAGAGCCUUUUUCUUCCAGGAGAAGUCACAGAUACAGAAGGACCUGUGGAGAAUUGAAGAUGUCAUGGCAGGCUUGAGUGCGAAUAAAGAGAACUACAGAGUCCUGGUGGGGUCUGUCAAAAAUCCAGAAAGAAAAACGGUGCCUUUGUUCCCUCCCCCGCCUGUGCCUUCACUCUCGCCAACUGAGAGCAAGCUGGCCCUGCAGCCUAGUCCUCCCACCAGCCCUGUGCGGACACCUCUGGAGGUCCGACUCUUUCCACAGCUGCAGACCUAUGUGCCAUACCGACCUCACCCGCCCCAGCUGAGGAAAGUGAUGUCCCCUCUUCAGUCACCAACCAAGGCAAAGCCUCAGGUGGAAGACGAGGCACCUCCCAGGCCACCACUUCCUGAACUCUACAGCCCAGAGGACCAGCCUCCAGCUGUGCCACCUCUGCCGAGAGAAGCCACCGUCAUACGGCACACAUCUGUGCGGGGCCUCAAACGACAGUCGGAUGAAAGGAAGAGGGACCGGGAACAGGGCCAGUGUGUGAACGGCGACUCAAAGGUGGAGCUCCGGUCCUAUGUGAGUGAGCCAGAGCUGGCCAGCCUCAGUGGGGACAUGCCUCAGCCCUCCCUGGGCCUCGUGGGCUCUGAGAGCAGAUACCAGACACUGCCAGGCAGAGGGCUCUCGGGCUCCACGUCCAGGCUCCAGCAAUCGUCCACCAUUGCUCCCUAUGUCACACUCCGGAGGGGUCUGAAUGCCGAAAACAGCAGUGUGACCUUCUCUAGACCCAAGAGUGCCUUGGAGCGCCUGUAUUCAGGGGACCACCAGCGGGGCAAGAUGAGUGCGGAGGAACAGCUGGAGCGGAUGAAGCGACACCAGAAGGCCCUGGUUCGGGAGCGCAAGAGGAAUCUGAGCCAAGGAGAGAGAACGGGCCUGCUCUCAGCCCGAUAUCUCAGCCAGCCACUGCCUGGAGAUCUUGGCUCAUGGAAGCGAGAACAAGAUUUUGACCUGCAGCUGCUGGAGCGGGCUGCUCAGGGGGACAGAAAAGACAGAGAAGACGGCUGGCUGAAAGUGCAAGCCACACCCGUCAUGGAGUUGGACCUAGAGCCGCAAGACUAUGACUUGGACAUCAACAGAGAGCUGUCUAAACCAGAGAAGGUCUCCAUCCCCGAGCGGUAUGUGGACCUGGAUCCCGAGGAGCCACCCAGCCUUGAAGAGCUGCAGGCACGGUACCGAAAGGCUGAGAAGAUACGAAAUAUCCUCGCCCGGUCAAGCAUGUGCAACCUGCAGCCCACAGGCCAGGACCGCAACAGCCUGGCAGACCUGGACUCGCAGCUGCAGGAGCAGGAGCGCAUCAUCAACAUUUCCUAUGCUCUGGCCUCAGAGGCCUCUCAGCGCAGCAAGCAGGUAGCAGCCCAGGCCUCAGCAGACCCAUGACCCAGUGUGCAGAGGAGAAGCCUGGAGCCGGGGACCCAGCUCAACCAGCAUCUUCUGAAACAAUGUCUUCUCUGUCCCAAUGGAAAUCCUUCCAGCUGAACGGGGGCUCUGGCUGGAGGAGAGAGCAGCCCACCCAGCCUGGUGGGCGCAGCAUGGAGCAAGGGCUCCAUCCUAACCCCUGCCCAUCUGUUUCAGUCCAGAUUCCUUUUUACAGAUGACAGAAGCACUUUUGAUACACAGUGUGAAACAUACUGUAUUUUAGAAUCAGAAUAUAUUUUGUAAUGCUCACCUCAAGGGCCAAGUGGCUGGAAAGGUGAGCCUGCAGGGUUUUGUAGCCACACACAGGGAUUCAGGUACUACGGGGUGGUAUAGUGGCUGGGGAGAAGAGCAGGACAGGCCGGGGCCAUUCCCACCGCCCGCGAACCCAGAGAGUGGCUUCCAGUGGGUUCCAGCAUGAGGCUUGUUACCAUGCUCCCCAGGAAACGGGAGGCAAUUGACUGCAGAAAUCAGCAUCCCGCGCCGAUGCUCAGCCCUGGAAACUCCACCUGGAUGGCCCACAGAGCCUGUCUGUGCCUUGGUUCUGACUGAGGAGCAACUAUGUGUGUUCAAGAGCGGUGGCUUCUUCAGCCUGUCGGUGAAACUGUAAAGUUCCCUCAGCAAAAAACAGUUCUUCUCAGAAAAAAAAAAA